GAAAAUUCAAUUGGGUGGAUCUACAAGCUUGCUGUACAAAAACAUUCAAAUGGAAUCCUUGAUGAUGUUCCCAAAGAGAGUAUAUCAAUUCUUCUGACAAUGCUUGAAAAUAUAGAUGUUUCUAAUCAGGAUUCACAUGAUAUACUACUAAAUGAAUAUGUAUGCAGAAUCCAAAAUGAUAAGAAACAGCUAGAAUUUAAGAUUGGAUCAUCAUCAACUAUACAAGAACUUCCACAAAUUGUUCCUGGUAUUAAAAG